AUGGGCCUUGGAGGAGCUCAAACGAUAUCUAUCGAUCCCACCGCUUCUCCACACGCCGAAGAUAGACGAGCAGUUAUACCUGUACCUGGCAGUAUUGGAGAUAGCGGUAAGUGGAUUUCUAGUCCGGGAAGAGAAAGAAAACUCAAGUUUAUGCGCAAGGGGUUGCGCUUCUAUGGUAACCCAAGCAAUCACAACCUUUGUUCCCAAUGCUAUAAAGCUUUCUUGAAAGAAGAAUUCGCCAAGAGUGCUAUAGCUUUAUCUGAAAAGUUAUAUUUUCUUACUGUUGAUGAUACUGUUAAAACUGGAAACGACGAUGGUUUGACGAUGAACACGAAGACAGAAAGGUGCAAUAGUUGUAAGAAGAAGGUGGGAUUAGUAGGGUUUAGUUGUAAGUGUGGUGGAAUAUUUUGCAGGAUUCAUAUGUACCCAGAGGAACUUACAUGCACAUUCAAUUUCAAGUCUAUGGGACGUGCACUUUUGGCUAAGGAAAAUCCUCUUUGCAAAGCUGAUAAACUUGAGUAUAGGAUCUAA